AUGUCGUCAUUAUCAGAGAAUCCGCCGCCGAAAGGCAUUCCAUUUCUGGAAUUUACAUGGCAUUUAAAAAAGGAUAUCUUAGAACUAUAUGUGAACGCGAAACUGUGGGAUUCGAGUGUUUUCGGUGCAAUGGAUAUGAACAAAAUUAUGGAGUGUGUCCAAAAAACAAGAAUGUUGCAAAUUGAUGCAGAGUUUAUCAAUCGAGAAAUGAUACAUUUGAUGGAAAAAGUCAAAUGCACCAGGAGAUUAUAUUGCAAGGCGGAAAACACGAUGGGAUGUAUUCUUAACGGGACACUUCAAUGCUCAGAUUGGAUUGUUGCAGAAAACUUUCGAUGGUUUGACGCUGAACAAUUCCAAGAUCUUCACUGUCAAUUAAUGCGCCUAGUGAAGACACGUAUUACAACGCGAAACGUCGAAGACUUGAUUAUAAAAUGGAGAAAUAGUGAAGAUCAAUUGGGAAAAGGCGUCAAAAAUAUUAAAUUCAUCGAUGUUCAAAUACACGGAGGAGUUCAAAAUUUUGAUUUUUCAAGGGUUGGAGCGCAACCCAAAGGAAGUGUUGAGAGACCUAAUGAAUUCACUGAGUUCAAUUGUGAUUAUGACUUCACUAACGCUUUUGAUAUCAUUCACCCAGAUGGUACCCUAGCAUCACUGAAGGUAGUUGAAGUACUUGACCGCGUCAUGUUUGUUGUGUGGAACCGGUAA